GAGAGAGAGCAAGGGAGGCAGAUAGUGAGCUCCUCAGACGGCGGCAGUGAGCAGAGUGAGAGCGUUCAGACCAGUCACUGCUGCUGCUGCUCUGGUUGGAUUAAACACAUGUGCGCUCGCGCACACACACGCAUUGGUGCACACCCCUGAGAAGUGUAUGAGACAUGCUCAGACUGAUGCUGCUGCUGUCCAUGGACACACACACACCGGCAGCAGGACACCACAGAGGACGAUAACACAGCAACAGAGUCCCGAGUCUGAGCAGGAGACAUGGAGAGCAGCAGCAUGUUCUUUGGUAACACAUGUCAGAAUGGUCUGGUGCCAGCCCUGGUGAGGCCCACACUGCCCACAGUCCAGACGUCACUGGGGAUGAAGCAGUUUCUCCCAUUUCCUCUGGAGACGGCCUCGGCGGUCAGCCUCUUCCCAGGAUUCAACACGAUGGACCCAGUACAGAAAGCUGUCCUCCAUCACACCCUCGGCCUCCCUCCCACUGCCAAGAGGAAGCACGUCUCCUGCAGCGUCUGCCAGCUGAGGUUCAACUCACAGAGCCAGGCCCUGGCCCACUACAAGGGAACCAAACACGCCAAGAAACUCAAAUCCCGAGACACUCCGAAGAGUAAGCUCAAAGGCUCGUCGGUCGCCAAGGAAACCACCAAUCAGGACAUUAUCAAGAGUGUCUACAGCUCGGGGGUCCCCAACAGCGUCGACAGCAAAGAUGGCGUCCUUGGUGCAGCGCCUCUACCGCUAUCCCCCGUCCUCAGACUGGCAGCACCAUUAACGACCCCAGCAAUGCCAGUACCUGUGCCCACGGUGUCACCAUUGGUCCCAAACAGCACGGCAGCAACAGCCCCAGAGUCUACCUCAGCUGCUGGAGGGGAAGAGAAGCAAUUAAAGCUCAGCUCGCCCUCAGAACCAGAUCCGGAGCCAGAGGCCGAACCAGAGGCGGAGUCGGACGCAGAAACAGAGGAGGAGAAAGCGCGACGACUCCUAUACUGUUCACUUUGCAAAGUGGCUGUCAACUCAGCAUCACAGCUAGAGGCUCACAACAGCGGUACAAAGCACAAGACGAUGCUGGAGGCCAGGAGCGGCGUAGGCUCCAUCAAAUCCUUCCCUCGACCCGGAGUGAAAAGCAAACUGGCCGCACCCUCUAAAUCCUCCACAGGCCUGCAGAACAAAACCUUUUACUGUGAGACGUGUGAUGUGCACGUCAACUCAGAAACUCAGCUAAAACAGCACAUCAGCAGCCGGCGUCACAAAGACAGAGCAGCGGGUAAACCUGCCAAACCCAAAUACAGCCCUUACACUAAACCACAGAAGGGACAGACCAAGCAGCCGCAGAUCAAACUGACCUUGGGUAAGGAUCGCCCGUGUCCACCUCUCACCGCUCAGAUCAUCCCUGCUCACCUCGCCGCAGUUGCGGCAGCCGCCGCCCCCCCCCUCCCACGCCACACGAACCAUGCGUCGAACCACAACACAACCCACACCCUCUUCCAGACACAGUCCCUUCCUGCUGCACUGCUCCGCCCGGCCCCGGGGCCUAUUAGGACCUCCCACUCACAAGUCCUGUUUGCCCCUUAUUGACCUGCUGGACAGAGAUGGAACUGCUCCGUGCUCCCGUUCAAUGGCUUCAUCCAAAACCAGGCCAAGGAGAGUGCACAUGUCGCCACCUGCUCUCCCUCUAUGCAUUGGUAUUCUAAGCGUCAUGGCACAAUGUGGAUAAUUAUCCUGCUUUCAAGGCUGAAACCGGAUGAAAGAGCAGCAUCAGGAGGCCCUUUGUCACGGAUUCAUCCUCUGAUCCAACUCUGAGACUGGACUGUACCUGCUCUCUGUGCCAUCCCACAGCCCGCACCCCAGAGUUGGAUCUACAUCACACCGCAAUAAUGUACCAGACUAAUCCAAUGUACUAUGCAGUGUCAUUAUUUCAAGGCAGCGCUAAAAAAAACAACAACGUUUAAAGCUCUUACCAGGCUUUUUGUAAAGACCAUUGCUUAAGCGGAGGUUCAACUCUGUCACAUUUUAGGAGGCUGUUGUUGAUGGUACGAGUGAGCAGAGUUCCCUCUCUCUUCCUGUAUGCACUUUAAGCCCCGCCUCUCUUGACGUCCACAUUAAAUGACUAGAUGGUGUUUAGAUGGUUAGCGUACAUGUCGUAAUGUGCGUGUCUGUGUUCGUCUCCGCGUUUCCUGUGUGCGUGUGUGGAAGUAGGCGUUGAUACGAUUUGUUUCCAGUGCAUAUUACCAGGGACUUUAGGCGUGAGAAAGAUUUUACAUAUAAACUGUACCUUCAUUGGCUCGUUGUCCACUGGAGUGAAGGUCCCACGGAGAUUAUGUCAUUUUCUUUUACAUUUAGUUCAAAGGUUUCUAAAUCAGGGCCCAGUUGUAGCAGUAGCACAACAACCCGUGGCAACUAUCAGAUCCAUUUUGUUACUUUUUUUUUUUAACGUUUUGUAUCAAACACACUGCACUGCUGCACGGUGGCCUGUGAAACCUAUUGCUUUGAAGCAGUUUCUGGUCUGAGUUUUCCUGAAGAGGUCAUAUUCCAAAGUAACCCAGAUCACCGUAGGGUUUAAUGCUCAUGAUCACUCCCUAACUGUUUGAACAGAUGUAAUGCACCUCAAAUCCUCUGGUGUAUGAAAUAUUACCACAGUCCGAAGUUUUACUUUAAGAUCCUUGUGGUACAUUUUAAUUUACUAAAGUACCGAGUCGUCCCCUCCCAGAUUUUUAAUAGAAAGUGUUUUCGUAUUGGAGCAGAGGCUCAAACUAAAUGACAGAAGUCAUCAGUGUAAUAAAUGAAUAAUGUCCUUCCAUCAUUCAGGAAGUUGUGUGCUGCAAGUGUCCUGUUGUCCCCCAAGUACUCCGAAGAUAUUAUCUACACCUGUAGUUUACUAACUGAACUGCCCCUAGUUCCUGGUACUAGUUCCUGCAGUGGAGAUGUGUCUAUACAUGUUUGUGCCCUGGUAAUUGCCCUGUUGAC